AUGAGCAUUAUUCCAUUUCAAUGGUGCUAUAUUCUUUUAUUUUUGAGUAUUGAGAUAGUAGGAGAAUAUUGUGACUGGAAUAAAAAUGUGUUUGAAGAAUGUAAUACUUGUAGUCCAUGUCAAUUUAACUAUAACAAAACAGGUGUUUUUAUCAUCCGUAAUCGUGAAACAGAAACAAUGAAAUUUAUUCAACCUCAUGACACUUAUUUCAUUUUCAAAAAUGUUUCUUUAAAAACUUUAGUAAUUCAAAAUCAAAUUCAAUCUACGUUUGACUUAAAAGAAUUAAACACUUCGUUCAUUGUUCUUAUUAAUGAUACAACACUUAAUGGAGACUUAUCAGUUGAUAAGAUUCUUUCCUUUCAAUUCAAUUUUUGUUCUCCACAAAUUGAAAUUCAGAAACAAAACCCUAUUUCUACUUCCUUAAAAAUUUCCAAAUUUAGUUCUGAUUAUUUCAUUUCUACAUGUUUUGCACCAAAUCUUCUCCGAAUUAAUGAAUUUAUUUCUAUACAUAUUGAUAAGCUUUAUAGUUCUUUUGGCUAUUUAUAUUCAACACUAAUUGUCAAUAAUCCUAUUUUUAAUUCUACUCAAUAUAAAUUUACAUUAGUUAAACAAAACGAUUUGUUUCAUUAUUAUUUUUAUGACCCUUCAGUCUUAACGAUUCUAAAACAAGAAGUUGUUAAUUCGACAUUAUUUACUACUUUAUUUCUUAACCAAAAUAAUAUAGAUUUAUAUUUAUUUAUUUCUUCAAUAAAAAUUUAUUAUUCAAUACCUUCUCUUUCUCUUCUUAUUCAUUCAUAUACAAACGCUCAAUUUGAUAUUAUAAUAAAUGAAACAAUUGACUCAUUAACUUUUCAUCACAAUAAUGAUAAUUUUACUUUUUAUUCUCUUACUCAAGGAUUUCUUCAGUUCUAUGAAUCUGAUGUACAAGAUGGGAUUAUUUAUACUAUCAAAACAUCUUCAUCUUCUGGUAUUCUUCAUAUAACUAGUCUUCAGUCUCAUAUUGUCUUUGAAAAUUUGGAAAAAUCAUUUCAUUUUCAGUUAAAUUCAUUUCAAUAUAUUUUAAAUGCUCAAAACGGUUGUCAAUCAUCAAUUAUUUCUUCUGAUUUAUUUCAAUGUUUAUCUGACAUGAAAUGUCCUAAACAAAAAUUUUUUGAUGAAACAAAAAAUAUAUGUCAAAACUGUUCUACUUAUUGUAGUAAUUGUAUAAAUUCAACAUAUUGCAUUUAUUGUGAUGAUGGUUAUGUCAACCGAAAUGGUAUAUGUUAUGAUAGAAAUGAUAUUUGUUCAUCUAAUUCUAUGUCAAGUUGUUAUUUUUGUGAUACAAAAAACUCAUAUUUCAUUGAGUCAUGUAGAGAUUGUUCUUCUCAUUGUAAGUUAUGUCAAGAAAAAAAAGUUUGUCUUCAAUGUGAAGACAAUUAUUAUCUAAACCAAACUAGGCAAUGUGUUAAAACUGAUAUUCAUCAAGAGAUUAUGGUACAAGAUCAUAUUAUAUCAUGUAUAUCUGGUUAUUAUUUAAAAAAUAAUCAAUGUAUUUCUUGUUCAGAAUCUUAUGGUUUAGGUUGUCAAAUAUGUGAUUCAUAUCAAUGUAUUUCUUGUUCAUCUACGACUGUAUUUCUAAAAGGAUAUUGUAUUAUUCCAGAACAUUGUAACAAAAUUAUUAAUGGAGUUUGUGUAAGUUGUGAAGGAUUAUUUUAUACUAAUUUUACUUCUUGUAUAGACUUUCAUGAACCAAUCACUACAACAAGUUAUUGUUUAUUAAUGCAUUCAGGUCAAUGUAUUGUUUGUAAUAAAAAUUUUUUUAGAUUACCUAAUGGGACUUGUUCAGAAUACCAACCUGACCAUUGUGUUGAACCAAGUCAACUUGGAUGUUUUAGAUGUGAAGAUGGAUUUUUUCUUGAUUUAAAAGGAUCUUGUUCACCUUGUAUGGAUAAUUGUAGGUAUUGUGAAAAUUCAACAUAUUGUCUUCAAUGUAAACCUCAUCACUAUCUUACAAAUUCACAUGAAUGUCUUAAUGCAUCUCAGUUAAAUGAUAAUUGUGAAUUAAUUACAAGUUUUGGAAAUGGGUGUGCUGUUUGUAAAAAAGGAUAUUAUCGAUAUGGUCUUGAUUGUGUUCCAUGUAAUAGUUCAUGUUUGUCAUGUCAAAACUUAGAUUCAUGCCUUGAAUGUAAGGAUGGUUAUUUAAUGAAUAAAGAUGCGAAGUGUGUUGCUUUAAAUGAAACCAUUGGUUGUAUUAAUAUUACUUCAGAACAUAUUGGAUGUGAUAGAUGUGCUGAAGGGUAUUACUUAGAACAAUAUGAGUGUUUUGUAUGUCCAUUUAAUUGCAAAGAAUGUUAUAAAGAUAAAUGUGCAUUAUGUUUUGGUAAUGAUAUUGUUAUUUCAGGAGUAUGUUAUCCAAUGACAGCAGUCAAUCAUUGUAUAUCAGUUAAUAAUUCACAGUGUAGUCAAUGUAGUAUUGGUUAUGUUGUAAAUUAUAAUGGAACACGAUGUAUAUUAAAAAUACAAAUAUCUGUUCAUAUUUUUUUCUUAGUAGCAAUAGUUGUUACAAUUAUUUUUAUUAUUAUUAUUAUAUGUUAUUUAUUAAGAAGAAUAUACUUUCCUACAAAACAACAAAAAUUUGCAUGUAAUGAAUUUAUAUUUGAUAUAAGAAAGAAAAAAUAUAAGUUCCUAGAAAAUUUUGGAGGUUUACUCACUAAUACACAAAAAUUAAUUUUUGAUCAAUUUAGAGAAGGAAUUCCUGUUAAUAUUUCAACGGAGAAAACAUUUAUAAUAGCAAGCAUAAAGAAAAAUCCAUUAAAAAUUGAUUUUAUAUUAAACCAAAAACCUCAAAGAUAUGAAUUAACAGUAAGUCCAAUUACUAUAAUAUUAAAAAAGAAUGAAGGAUGUAUUUUUACAUUUAAAGUUAAACCAAUGUGUUCUUGUACGAUAAAUGAUCAAUUUACUAUAUUGUAUGAAGAUGUUAGAACAAAUAAAAUAUUUAAAAAAAAUAUUAGUAUUGAAGCACAAACAAUUUUAUCAACAUUAAUUGAUUAUGAAGAAAUUACUCUUAUAAAUAAAAUAGCACAAGGUUCAUUUAGUAUUGUAUUCAAAGGAAAAUUUAGAGGAAAUACUGUUGCUAUAAAAAGGAUGAAAGAUUUAUGGAGAAAAGAUGAUUUUGAAGAAUUUAGAAAAGAAAUUGAUUUAUUAAGUAAAUUCAAAUGUCGUUAUAUUAUUCAAUUUCUAGGUGCUGUAAUAAAUAAAAAUAAUGUUAGUAUUAUUACGGAAUAUGCACCUUAUGGAAGUUGUGAACAAGUAAUGAUUAAAUCAAAUGAAAAUCCUAAUUUAAUUCCAAACAUUCAACUUAGAAUAAAAAUAAGUAAAGACAUUUCAAAAGCAAUUCAAUAUCUUCAUUCUAAUGGAAUAUUACAUCGUGACAUUAAAUUAGCAAAUGUAUUAAUUAUUUCUUUAGAAGAUGAAAUGGAAAUUAAUGCUAAGCUUAGUGAUUUUGGUUCAUCUAGAAGUCUUAAUUUGUUAGUAAAUAAUAUUACUUUUACUAAAGGAAUAGGAAGUCCAAUUUAUAUGGCUCCUGAAAUAUUACAAAGAAAAAAUUAUACAACUUCUGCUGAUAUUUAUUCUCUUGCAAUUUCUUUAUUUGAAAUUAUUGAAUGGAAAGAAGCUUAUCCAGCAGAUGACCCUAAAUUUAAGUAUCAAUGGCAAAUUGCUGAAUAUGUUUGUAAAGGGAAUAGACCUCAAACAACAGGAAUUUCAUUAAAAAUUAAAUCGUUAUUAGAUUUAAUGUGGUGCCAAAACCCAGAAAAUAGAAUACCCAUUGAUGUUGUUUUAAAACAUCUUCAAUUAAUGUGA